UUGCAAGGUGGAGCUGCCAGCCGGGGACACAGAAAUUAAUAAAAUGGGACAGCCAGGCAGGGAAUCAUAUGCCUUGCUUAAGCCUGUAACACUGUUGUGAAGCUUUGAGUAUAUGAACUGUCAAGUUGUUUCAACUGAACACAUCCUACUUGGCUGUUCAAAAUCCCUUACCCCAAAUUUUUUAAAGCCUUUAAGAACACUUUCGUCAAGGUGAUGCAACCAGCAAUAUCUGCUUCCCUUUUUUAUAUUGUUUUUCUUUGCUCAUUAGCUUUGCAUGUAGAGGUUUUCCCUGACAGUUUGAGCACUUGUAUAUUAUUAAAUUCUACUGUUUUCUUUUCAUCAUCGACGAGACAAAGCCAAUAUAAUAAAAUUAUGUUAAACCUAAGUUUUGUUUUUAUGAAUAUACCUUGGUUUUAUUAAUAUUUUUGGCUGUCUAACAAACCAUGGCAUGUGGGCUUUGAACCCUGUAAGUGUUAAAAAGCUUGGGUUUUUUUGGAUUUUUUUGGUUAGUCAUUUGGAGUCUGGGAAAAAAGCCUACAGCCGUUCUUUUCACCCUUGUUUUUAUUGACAAUUUUAGUAAAACCCCAUGUUGGUUUCAUCCUCAGAAUUGUAUGAAUUUCUUCUUGAUUCCUGCUGUUCAUGUUUUUGCUUACGUUUGUUGGCAGCUGGUGCUUGGUAUCUUGAGUUCAUGAUAAUUUGAGGCAGAAAAUAGUUGGUCUGGUUUCAACUACAAGUAUUUGUUUUGGAAGCCAUCGAAGAGGACUUGUUGAUUUCAAGAUUCAUGACAAGAACUUUGAUUUUGUUGAGUCUUUGGUUCUUGUGGGUCCCUUUAGGAGUUGUCUGCAGUACUGGAAAUGCAUCAGUUUCCUCAGGGUCUUCUUCUUCGUCAUCUUCUUUGAAGCCAAACGUUAUAAAAAUUGGAUCUCUGUUCACGUUGAAUUCAGUUAUUGGUGGAGCAGCAAAGCCAGCACUUCAAGCUGCUAUUGAUGAUGUCAACUCUGAUCCAAGCAUUCUUCAUGGGAUAGAAUUGAAACUUCUUUUGUUUGAUACAAAUUGCAGUGGAUUUAUUGGAACCAUGGCAGCUUUGCAGCUGAUGGAAAGUGAUAUUGUUGUUGCAAUUGGUCCACAAUCUUCUGGAAUAGCUCAUGUCAUCUCCCAUGUUGUUAAUGAGCUUCAUGUCCCUCUUCUCUCAUUUGGAGCUACAGAUCCCACUCUUUCUUCCCUGCAGUACCCAUAUUUCCUCCGUACUACACACAGCGACUACUUCCAGAUGCAUGCAAUUGCUGAUGUAGUUGACUAUUAUACCUGGAGAGAGGUAAUAGCAAUAUUUGUUGAUGAUGAUUAUGGAAGAAGUGGGAUUUCUGUUUUGGGUGAUGCCCUUGCCAAGAAACGUGCCAAGAUUUCUUAUAAGGCCGCCUUCAGCCCUGGAGACCCCCAAAAUAAGAUCAAGGACUUACUAGUUGAGGUCAACCUGAUGGAGUCACGAGUUUUUGUAGUUCAUGUUACUCCUGACACCGGUUUAAGUAUCUUUUCUGCUGCCAAGGCUCUUAAUAUGAUGGGUGGUGGCUAUGUUUGGAUUGCUACAGAUUGGCUUCCUUCAUACUUAGAUUCAAUGGAAGCAGUUGAUCCUGACACAAUGAAUAUCUUGCAAGGGGUUAUUGCUCUCCGCCAUUACACCCCGGAUACUUAUCUCAAAAAGAGAUUUAGGUCUAGGUGGAACAACCUAAAAUAUAAGAGAAGUGCAGGUCCUGCAGGUUUCAAUUCUUAUGCACUUUAUGCUUAUGAUUCUGUUUGGUUGGCUGCACAUGCCCUUGACUUUUUUCUCAAAGAAGGUGGAAAUUUAUCUUUCUCUUAUGACCCAAAUUUGCAUGAUACAAAUGGCAGCAUGCUGCACCUAGAAUCACUUCGUGUGUUUAAUGGAGGUGAGCAACUUCUGCAGACACUUCUUAGGAUGAACUUCACUGGUCUGAGCGGUCAGAUUCACUAUACUCCGGAUAAACAUUUAGUUCAUCCAGCAUAUGAUGUUCUUAAUGUUGUUGGAACCGGAACUCGAAGAAUUGGUUAUUGGUCAAAUUAUUCUCAUCUCUCAAUUGUUCCCCCAGAGAGCAUGUAUACAAAGCCUCCCAAUAUCUCUACUGGCAGCCAACAUCUUUACAGUGUAAUAUGGCCUGGUGAAAAUACUGUAAGACCAAGGGGAUGGGUAUUCCCUAACAAUGGGCAGCCACUGCAAAUUGCUGUACCCAACCGAGUAGGCUAUAAAGUGUUUGUGUCGAAAGACAACAGUCCUCAGGGUGUAAAAGGAUACUGCAUUGAUGUCUUUGAAGCUGCAAUAAGCUUGCUUCCAUAUGCUGUUCCUCACAGAUAUAUGUUAGUUGGAGAUGGUAAAAGAAAUCCCAUCUAUAAUGACCUCAUUAACCAGGUUGCCCAAAAUAAAUAUGAUGCAGCUGUUGGAGAUAUUACCAUUGUUACGAACAGGACAAAAAUUGUAGAUUUUACACAGCCUUUUAUGGAAUCUGGACUUGUUGUUGUUGCACCAGUCAAAGAGGAAAAGUCAAAUCCUUGGGCAUUCCUCAAGCCAUUUACUAAAGAAAUGUGGCUUGUUACUGCUGCAUUCUUUCUUCUUGUGGGAUUUGUAGUGUGGAUUCUUGAGCACCGGUUAAAUCAUGAAUUUCGUGGUCCUCCCAGCCAACAACUUAUGACAAUUUUUUGGUUUAGCUUCUCGACAAUGUUUUUCUCGCACAGGGAAAACACCGUGAGCACUUUGGGACGUUUGGUGCUGAUCAUAUGGCUAUUUGUAGUUCUGAUUAUCAAUUCAAGCUAUACUGCUAGUUUGACAUCGAUACUUACUGUGCAACAGCUGACAUCUGGGAUUCAUGGGAUUGAUAGCUUGAUCUCAAGUACUGAGCCUAUUGGAAUCCAAGAUGGUUCGUUUUCAUUUAACUAUUUGAUCGACGAGCUCAAUAUAGCAGAAUCUAGGUUAGUUAAGUUAAAAAAUCCUGAAGAUUAUCUCAGAGCCCUUACUCUUGGACCGAAUAAGGGUGGUGUAGCUGCUAUUGUUGAUGAGCUUCCUUAUGUUGAGCUCUUCUUAUCCAACACCAAUUGUUUAUACAGGACAGUGGGGCAAGAAUUUACAAAGAGCGGAUGGGGCUUUGCUUUCCAAAGGGACUCCCCACUCGCAGCUGAUCUGUCGACUGCUAUCCUUCAACUCUCCGAAAAUGGUGAUCUCCAAAAGAUCCAUGAUAAGUGGCUGACACACAGCGAUUGCUCAAUGCAAAUCAAUCAAAUCGAUGAAAACCAACUCUCCCUAAGCAGCUUUUGGGGCCUAUUCCUCAUUUGUGGCACUGCAUGCGUCUUGGCUCUCAUUGUGUUCUGCUAUAGAGUCUGUACUCAGUACCGCAGAUAUAGCCCCGAAGACGUAGAAGGGGAGGUCGAGCAGAUCGAACCAUCUACGUCAUCAAGGCGCUCCUCCAUCAGCUCAACAAGUAAGAAAAUAAUGGACUUUAUAGAUAGGAAAGAAGCAGAGAUCAAGGAGAAACUGAAGAGAAAGAACAGUAAUGAUAACAAACAACAGACCAAGCACAGCUCAGAUGGACAAGCAAGUUCACCUGCAUAAACAGAAACAUUUUGUUUUGGUCUCCAUUGGAUCUUCCUUUCUCUGAUCUGUUGCAUAUAGAAUCUAUACAAAUACAAAUUCAUGUAUCCAAUGUAUUUGCUCCACUGCUUUCAAGUGGAGACAUAGGUCCCUAGGUUUGUAUUGUUCUCAAUUUUCGUACCCUUUUUUUUGUAGGAUUAAAAGAACAAAAAUGAGAAAUUGUUAGCUUGUCCUAAGCCAAUCUGUAUCAUACAACGUCAUACUCGUGUUGGAAUAAAAUAAAAAAAGAAAUGUAAUGUUCAUUUCAUUAGAGGAGGGGAAGGGAGCUU